AUGGGCCGAAGAAAGAUUGAGAUUAAAGCCAUCAAAGAUGACAGGAACAGAUCGGUGACAUUUUUGAAACGAAAAGGUGGAUUGUUCAAGAAGGCUCACGAAUUAUCGGUGCUCUGCUCCGUCGACGUAGCCGUCUUUAUUUUCGGAAACAACAAAAAGCUAUACGAGUACUCGUCUACAGACAUGCGCGACCUCAUUAGCAGAUAUCAAUAUCAUGGUGGUCCAAAUGAACACAAAGGACCAGCGGAUUUCAACGGUGGUGAUGACGAUGAUGAGGAUGACGGUGACGGGACUCCUCCUAGAGGCCUUGAUGGACACGAACAUCUAAUGAUGCCUCCCCAGUUUCACGGGCAUGUCCAACCACAAUUCCCUCAACUUCGUCAUCACACUCCAUCGGCAUCGCCGCCCAUCCCAAAUGGGGGCCCUUUCCAAGCACAACCAGGUCUUCCUGGCCAUCCUGGACCGCGAGGAACAACGCCUCAACCAACGAUGGGUUCCCGGCCCGGUUCGAGGAAUGACGUGCGCAGAGUAGUCCCCAACAUGGCGGCCCAGGCUCAUGCAGCUCAUCCUGGCAUCACCUACAUGCCGACACCUCCAAUUUACCAAACCUCGGGUCCGCCAGGGAUGCUUGGGCCGCAGCCUACGGCGCAGUACCCGUAUCCUUUGCAACAGCAACAACCGCACCAACAUGGGCCCCCGCCGCCUCCUCCUCCGCUGCCCCAGCAGCAACCGCAGUACGCAGAAGACCGUCGACCUGCUGCUCCUCCUGGUUACACGUCUCAACCACACCCUCGUUCUAUACCCACUAUAUCCCGAACGGAGCCUCCCGAGGCGCAGCUUCCCAAUGGGAAUAGCCAACAGCACUUGCCUCCUCAGCAGCAUCCAGGCCAACACUUCUCGUCUCCUUCACUGUCCGAGCGACGUCCGCAAGACCUCCCUCCUCCACCGCCUUCUGUCGACCCUAGGCCAAGGACUGAGCCGUCGGAUAGGCCACAGCUGCUGCUGCUGAAUACUGAUUCUGCAGUCAGAAAACUGCCGCAGAGAAGGUCUCAUAGCAUUUUCACCCCCAUCGAGGAGAACAGGUCCAUCUUGUCACAACAUCUUGCUUCUUUCUCAAACGACUCUCAAGGCCUCAAGUCGGAGGCGGGUGCCAGCGGACUCAAGCGGACCCAAUCCGCGGAUAUUCCGUCACGUGGAGAUGCAUCGGCUUCACCACGGCUGAAACGAUCAAGCACCCAAAGCAGCGCUGACAAGGUUCGAGCCGCAUCUACCUCGUCAGGGCCCGAAGCAUCGUUUACUCCCCCGUCUAGGUCGAAUAGCCUCAAGGUUGGCGGGUCGAGUGGUGCAUCCCGACCCAGGGGCCCUCCGCUUACCCUGCAGAUUCCAGACGGCGCAUCCGAGCCUGCUAGUGCCGGAGACGAGUCGCAAUCGCCGCAAGGUCCUGCCAUCACCCCGACUCAGGCACCACGGCAGGCAGCCUCGGUCGUCCUUCCUCCGCCUUCUCCUUCGGCAUCUGCGCUGCUCUCCGCGGGUGCCAGCGGGCCACCGAAUCCCUUUGCUCGGCCGCCACCAGCACAAAACAUGAACGGGGAAACACCCGUCUCUGCGCUGCCCUCGAGGUUCCUCAACCACGACUUCUUGCCCAGUCCAAGCAGCUUCUACCCGGAGUGGAAUUUCCGCGGAAGCGACAGCAACACCCUGCCUAGUCCGCUGAAUUUCGCCACACCAGUGGUGGGCAAUGGCCCGAGCUUUUUGAGAGACGACGGCCAGGGCACUUCUGGCAACUACAACAGCAGCACAAGCAACAACAGCAGCAGCACGUCAUCUGCUGCAGCCACAACUGCAAGCACUACCACGACGAGCGGUGCUCCACCACCAACCUCUGACCCGCCCGGGGCGACUAAGCGCAAGAGUCCUGAAGUUGAUGGCGGGAUACCAAGCGAACACCACUCUGGACCAGCAGAAGCCAAAAGAGUCAGAGUGGAGCAGGCGUGGGAGGUUGCUUGA